AUGGCCAUCUUCGCGCUGGACCAGUUCCCGGACGUGUGCCGGAUGUGCGUGCUGCCGAAGCCGGUGGGGGAAAUGAUCCCGUUGGAGAGCAUCACCCUGGAAGGUUUUGGUUCGCAAACGCUGCUGCAGCUGCUCAAUCGACUUACGUUCGAGGCGUCCAAGGACAUUUUCGACCACCUGCCCAGAGCGAUCUGCUCCGGCUGCUUUUCCACUUUCGAGUUUGUGUGUCAGUACCAGGCCAAAGCGACGAUGACGGGGAAACUUUUGGUCGCUUUGGCCAGUCUUAAACUUGGGAACGAAGGGCCGAUUGUCCGGUUGUUUGGAGCCGAACGGGACGCGUUGGUCAGGCUGAUUCGAGAGUUGAAUCUCUGCAGCAAGGAGGAAGUUUUGCUGCAGGAUUUUCUAGAACAGUUCGAACGCAAGAAAGUGCCUGUUCAGAUGAAGUUGGAACAUGAAGCUUCCCAGGUGGUUGUGAGGGAAAGUAAGCCCGAGGACGUAGAAUACUACAAUGUUGAGUAUAUCGAAGAUGAUGGCAGUGCGUCAGUGCAACGUCCCCAUCAGGAAGAAGCGAAGGAAGAUCCUGAACCGUUAGCCGAAUUUCUUGAAGACCCUGAAGAAUCAGAAGAGUUCCUUCAAGACGAGCACGAAGAAUCGCUCGAGUCAAACGAACAAGCGCAGAAAUUAAAGCCCAAAACGAGAAUGAUGCAGUGCUCUUACUGUAAAUACCGAACCACGUCCCAGGAAAUGUUCCAAAGUCACGUUGAUCGGCACGAAAACCCCGACGACCGGAAUCCCUGGAAGUGUUCGUUUGCCAACUGCGACGAAGCGUACCCCACCAAGGAUGAGCUGCUGCGGCACAAGAAGGAAAUGCACUCCAAGUACGUGUGCGACAUCUGUGGCCUGGUGUUGAAACAUAAGUACACGCUGGAGGUGCAUCUGCGGCGGCAUAAAGGCGAAAGCAAGUACCCGUGCCAGUACUGUCGGACGGCGUAUUUUACCUCGAACGAGCUAAAGUUGCACAUGAGCGUGGUGCACCUGAGCUUGGUGGAUUUCCAGUGCAACGAUUGCGGGCUGGCGUUUAAAAAGUGA